AUGAGUACUACUUCAACUUCUUCAACACCAAAAUGCAUGAAAGGCAUAUCUAUUAUACACGUUGGAAAACGUAAUUUCCGUGUCCCAACUGCUUCUCUCCCUGAUGGGCUCACUUCAAAACGAGAUAUUUAUGGAAGAAAAGGAUCAAAAAUAAAUCAAUUAAAACAAGAAACUAGAACAUUUAUAACUGUUUUAUCGGAUAAAGAACUUGUUAACAUUAGGGGUUAUGAGCGUAAUGUUAAUAUGGCUAAAAUUAAGAUUUAUAAUAUUAUUGAAAAUAAAAAAUUUUUGUUACCACCGACACAUUUCAUUUCUUUACCUCUUAGCGAUUCUAAUACUCAACGAAAAGUAAAAGAUUUUCAAAAUGAGGUUCUUCAACUAAAACUUGCAAACAUAGAUAAAUCUAUACUUAUAAAGCCUCCAUCAUUACAUCUUACAAUUGGAAUGUUAAAUUUGUAUCGUAAAGAAGAUAUUAAAGAAGCAGUGGAAUUACUUAAAAAAUUAUCACAAGAAAUCAAUGAUUUAAUAGGAAAACGAACUAUAGUUUCUAACCUAACUGGUAUAGAGAUAAUGGAUGAUAAUAAGGAAAAAACGCAUGUCUUAUAUUCUAAAGUUGGGGAGCCAGAAGGACAAAAUAUCCUAGAAGAGUUAGGAGGAUUUUUAACCGAUAAAUUCGAAAAAGCGGGAUAUUUAAAGAAAGAAAAUCGGCCACUAAAGUUGCAUGCUACUCUUAUAAACACCAGGCAUAGAAAUAAUGGUGUCGUAGCAUCUAAUCAUGACAACAGACAAGGAGAACCGGUCAGAAUUCCCUUCAAUGCAACACCUAUUUUUAAUAAAUUUUCCAAUAUAGAAUUUGGAACUUGUCGAAUCGAAAGUAUACAUAUUUCAAAAGUUGGUGAAUAUGAUGAACGUGGAAGACAUCAUAGUGAAGGUUGCAUUAAAUUGCCUUAG